AUUUGGAUUUUGCGGGAAGAGUUCAAAUCUGGCGCUCCAUCAAUAAAUGAGAACCUCCCCCCGGGAGAUUACUAUAUUUUCGUAGCACUUUCCAUCGCACCACCGACCACGACGAGCCAUGGCCAGCAGCCUCCUGAGCAAAGUGUCCAUCGCCGUGGUGGCCUGCGCGCGCCGCUUCACGCGCCGGCUCCGGCGGGGCGGCAGCUCCUGCCUCGGUAGGCAGCUCGUGGCGGCUGACGGCGGUGGCGCUGCCGGCGAUCGCGGGGACGGCGGCGGCGGCGGGCGAGAGCAGGGCGCCCUGUGGCGGCGGGCGAUCCUGAUGGGGCAGCGGUGCGAGCCGCUCGACUUCCCCGGCGCCAUCCACUACGACAGCUCCGGCCGGCGGGUCGAGUCGCCCCGCUGCGGCAGCAGGAAGGCGGCGGCGGGCGCGCUGUUCUGCCGCUCGUCGGAUGCCGUCGACGAGGCUGUCACGGCGGCCAAGAAAGCCAGCUAAGCCUAGCUGGCUACCCAUCAAUGCUCCCGAUUUGCUGAUGCCAUGCAUGUUGUAGCCGUUGUGCCAUUCUUGAUCGGCCGAUCCUCGGCAUGCAUGGUUGUGGUUCUUGUGUAAAUUCCUUUGGCAUUUUUCGUAAUGCCGUAGUUUGAACUGUACAUAGUAAGCCAAUUCUUCAUCGAGGAAAAGAAUUACACAAGACGUUAUCAUGCUAAUUCAUAGGUCAUGAUAUU